GUGUAGUUUGUAUUUUUCAUUGACUACACGUAGGUAACAAGAAGACAAUGAUGGAACCUUUCCCGGAGGAAAUUGAGUCAGAGGAGAUGCAAGGAUGGCAGGCAAUGUUUUGGUCAACAGAUUUUAAAGUGUGUCAUGAUUUGAUUAUUAUUGUACUUCCGCAUUUCUCUGAAAAUAUUUUUAAAUGGGUCGCGAUCCAGAGUCUGUAAAUUUAAUAUUUAUCAGUAAUUGUCAUUUUCAAAUGUCAAGCGAAAUUUUUAUUUAACCCUCGUUUCACCUUAAUUCGUGUAAUUCCGGGUUAUACGGAUUGGGGUGUUACACUCAACAUCGUUGUCUGUUUAACUCCAGUUUUUUAAACUCGACGCAGAACAGCGCUGUAUCAGGCACAACAGCGCUGUCCUAACAGCGAUGUCGCCUGUAGAACAUCGCUGUUCCGGUCAAAUCUUUCAAAAAAAUAUCCGUUGCAACUGCAUUAAAAGCUCCAACAGCUCUUUUUUAAAAAUUUUGAACGUUGGCCACCCUCUCUCCUAUAUAUUUGGACCCCCUCUUCUCACUUUUACACACACAAACACUAUUCUCUUCAAUAUCCUUGCUUAUUCCAUCAUCUCUACUCUCCUCCUUUGAGAUUUUUUUUGCUUCUUCUUCAUCAUGGGCAAGGACAAGAGCAGGGCCGCCACCUUCGGGAAAUCAAAGUCCAAAUCCCGGGCGCCUACUUCAUCCUCCGAGGAGCGCCUCUACUAUGGCGACGGGACUUACCUUUGGUUUGAUUCCGAGGAGGAGCGCACCCAAUUCCUCACCUUCUUCUCUAAACGGGUUGUGGCUCCCCCACGGAUCAUCCCGGAGCGCUACCCGGAGCUGCAGGGCUACGACGACCUUGACGCACAGCUUCAUCAAGCCGGUCUUUGGCCGUUCGUCUCCCGGGCGCGCAAGGAGAUCAACUCGGCGCUGAUCCGGGCCUUCUGCUCCAACCUCCGGCGUGAGGACGACGUGCUCUACUCGCUCAUCAAGAGCACGCCGAUCGAGCUCACUGUGGAGCAGCUUGGGCGCAUCGCCGGCCUCCCCUUCCAAGGCGACGAUGUGUCUCACUAUGGUGGAGAGGAUUGGGUGCUCAACAACGAGGGCCUUAUCCUCAACGAGCUUGGCAUCACCGAGCUCAAACGCCAUGCCUCAGGCCACCCAACCAUUCACUCCGCCAACCCCGAAGGCCGUCUCGUUCUCUACAUCGUCUCCCGGAUCAUCAAACCCCGGAAGCACGGCCACACCAUCAUGCACGGUGAUGACCUCAAGCUCAUCCAUGCGAUCAUGCAUACGGCCCCAAUCAUUUGGGCAAAGUUUGUCAUGAUCAACAUGACGAUUGCCGCGUCCACCGAGUACGACCACCUCCUCCCGUACCCGUUUUUGGUGAUGGACAUCCUUGAACGGUUCAAGGUAACCACCACCGUUGGCCCGCUCACGAAGGCCACGAAGAUUUGGACAAUCAGCAACCAAGCCUUCAUCAAGCGGUCGGACAACGCCGUGGCUGCCACUGCCGAGCCACACCGCACUGCCCCUGCCGCUGGCCCAGCCGAACCCCAGGCCCGGGCCAAUCUUGCCUCCAUCGCCGACUCCCUCAACCGGCUCCACCUCAAAGUUGACGGGAUGGGAGGCUACCUUGAACGGCUCGACGUAGCUGUUCAACGCUAAGGGUACGCCAUGAACGCGUACUUCCAAGGCAUCAACUACGUCCCCCCACCGUUCCACGGCACGUUCCUUGGG